AUGAACGGCAACACGUUGAAUUUUCCUAGCUUUCAAUCCAGUAGCAUCAAUGCACCCAUCGGGAGACCAGUCGCAACGCCUCGGAAUGCCCCGCAUGAGUUUGUAAACCACAAGCGGAGGGCGGCAGAGGUUCUUAUCUCGAAUCCUAAUAGACAUGGGGCCGGACAUCAGGGAGCUGCCCCAAUGGUCCGAAUCUCGAUGGGUCUCAAGUCUGGCAUCCCUAGUGAAGUUGACUACUCCCUAAGUCAGUUGGUUAGGAUAUCGUUUGAAUCCGGUGAUGAAUUACGUGCGGAGGCAUAUCCAGGACUUUCCGAGGCUCUUUUCGAGAAACUUGCCACCAUCCAAACUCUUGUUGGCACCUGCUACCUCGAGGGCGCCGGAGAGCUUUUGGGUGAUUCAAAAUUCGUGAAGCUGCUCGAAAAAAUAAACGAGGCCGCUCUCGUGCUCCGCAACAUGUCAUUACAACCCGAUAACGCUAGAUACUUUUCCCGCCUCAAGAAUGGUCGGCAAAUCAUAGUUGCCUGUAUGAACCUUCCCGGACAGAGAUGUCUUAUAGAAUUAAAACACUACAUAUUGGAUAUGGUUGAAGCCAUGGCGAUCCACUUCUCACUUGCGGUCGACGAUGACUUGUUCCCAACCCUUCAUGCGAACCUCCUCUCCGACGACCGUGGCUUAGUUCUGGGCUCACUCAGGGCAAUCUGCAGGCUCGUUAUGGGUCGUGAUGAGGCCAACUGUAUAGGGCAGAUCGAUAAACUCGCAAUCGACAGAAUUAAGGCCCUCAUCAUGCUAGAAGAUGAAGACUUGGUUUCGGCUUGCCUCGACUUCUUAUACCAAUACACUACAAAUGAAGAAAACGUGGAGAAGCUGAUACAGCCGCCUGACGGAAUUGAGAUAAUCAAGCAAUUGACAAGAUUACUGUUGCAUCAGGCCAUUCCAGGAGAUCAAGUUGUGUAUUUGACGGGCUCACUGAAGCCUAUCACCAAGACCACAGUGAUACCUAAUUUACCCCAGGAAAUUGUCAAUGAUUUGUUGAGUUAUGCUGAGCCAGAUCGUGCAGCUAAAUGGUUAGUCCUUAUAUACACCAUGCAUAUAUUAUAUCUAUCGCUGACAGUGGCGCGCAUUAGGAUGAGAUGCUGCUUCGAGGAAGACAAACAUGCCGAUAUCACCCAGAUAGCGCUCUGGCAAGCGUAUCAAGCCCGCUUCACCGAAUAUGUCGCCGCCGGCCGCCCUCUUCUCCCCGCCGCAGAAUUCAUAAAAAACGUAAGCGUAGCCUUCAACAACGCCUCAGCAAUGGUCCUCCCCAUACCCGGCGGCGGCCAAAAAUUCAUCAUAAAGGGCAUAAAACCUCGGGAAACGCCAAUGUCUGUAAAGGGUCAGGUCUACCUCGCAUGUAAAUGGAUCACCGUCACCAAUAUCAACAAUACCACCGGCACCGAUACCGCACAAGCACAACAACAGCCAACCCAACCCACCAAAUGCCCCGCCCAACUCGCAACCCCACAAGACCUCUGGGUACACAUUCUGCAAGACCACCUCUCUCCACCCGACUCCACACAGCAACCACAAGCAAAGCUCUUCUGCAACUGGGGCGGCUGCGAGCGCUUCCACCCCGCCGGCGACUCGGACAGGAGAAAAGUAAUAGCCCACGUGCGAACUCACAUGCCUGAAACCAAUCCACCCAAAAGCACCCACCCUGCCUCGCGUUACCCUUCAGCGAACGGCUGGUCCGAAGACCCCAAGCAGAUCAAGCUAGUCAUCAGACGCGACCAGACGGGCAUCGACGACCGCGGCGAGGCCGUGGGGAUACCGCUCACGGCCGUGUUAGUGCUCAGGAAUGUGGCCAGACGCGGUAUGUUCAAUGGGAAGGAGCUGAUGAGCGGGGAGAGACCUAUUCUGUUCGAGAUCAUGGCGGUUAAUAAACCGCUUGCAACUUAUAUCGCAGAUUUGUUGGUUGAAGGAGAUGAGGUGGGGGUUGAUGACUAG